AAUAUAUUCAGAAUACAGAUGUUUUUACUAUACUAAACAACAUGAAAGAGUUUAUUCUUUUUCAAAUCUUACAUGUAAACUGCUUAGUCACUCUCUGAGUAUGUGUAUGUCGGUAUGUAAUGACAGUAUAGAGAAAAGAAAGAAAAAAUAGUAAUAUAUAUGUAUGCGAUGGUUCUCUCGGUCAUUUUUUUCUUUUUAUGUUCGAAUUGCACUUGCCAUCUUUUAUAGAUAAUCUAUUUGAUUACAAUGCCGACAGGUCAUGAAUUUUCAGAAGAAGUGAAACAGCUAAUGUUUCAUAUUAUUGAUUUUGUUGAAAGUGAGAAAAGUGGUCCAAUCAUUCCUCUUUAUAAUGUGAAAGAUCGUCUUGUUAAAAUGUUAAAUAUCUCGGAAAGAUCAGUGUACAGAUUAACGCAUGAGUUACACCAUUCAAGGUGUAAAGAAAUAAAGAAAAUAUCAGAGGAACAACAAAAGAUAGAAGAGAGAAGGAAAGCAGAGGCAAUUGUGAGAAAUCUUCGUAGUCGCACUAUCGUAUAUCCAACACUUAACGAACAUCAAUAUUCAACGUCUAAUGCAUCAGCUAAAAUUCUUUGUCGUCGGCAUACUGUGUCUUCUGUCUAUUCAUCAACAAAUCAUAUCGACCAUCUUGUUCCUCAAGCAUUGCUUCCUCAGAAGAAAAGUAAGAGAUUUUUCACUUAAAUAUUUUCAAAGUUAGCUCUUCUCGUUUCAGUGCAUUCUGGUCAUCCGAACAUCGUUUUAUCUGAGCAAGGAAAAGAUUUGAUUAGACUUGAAUUUCAUAAACUAAUUCAAGAAAAAGUGUAUCCAACUUCGGAAAAAUUGCUGAAAAGGUUGACAGAGCAAUAUGAAGAUUUUCCUAUUCGUUCGACAAGUACGUUGCGUAGAAAAAUGAGAAAUGUAAGUGAAAUAUUAUUUUCACGUAGACAAAAAAGAAAGAAAAACAACACACCGCCUUUUACUAUUUUUCAGCUUGGUUUCGUCUAUCAACGAACAUCAAAAAUAAAAAUUGCAUUGGAUUCACAGGCUUUUGUUGCAGCAAGAGCGAAAUAUUUUCAGACCCUGGAAGAGUUCACAGAAGCUAACGUUCAUUUGUACUAUCAUGAUGAAACUUGGAUAAAUCUUCGAGAAGUUAAACGAUCGAUUUGGACUUUAGAUGGCGAAGGUGAGAUAAAAAAAGGUGGAGGGAGAGGAUCUCGUCUGGCAGUAUCAGCACUGAUAGACGUUAAGGGUUAUCACAUUCCAUCAGUUGAUAUUUGGACAUGCACCGAAGAGCAUAAUAUGGAUUCAACUCAUUUUCUCACAUGGUUAGAUUCGACUUGCGCAACGUUAAGAGAAGAGAUUGGCGAAAAAGAAAGAAUUGCUAUUUGUCUAGACAACGCGACUUGGCACAACAAACUCACAGAAGAAUCAGUCAUUCCGAAACGUGCUUCAACAAAAGGAGAAAUCCAACAAUGGUUGAAAGAUAGAAAAAUUAAUUUUUCGGAAAAAUUUGUUAAAGCUCAAUUGUUACAACUAGUGGGUGCUAAUUGUCCACCUAAAGAAUAUAUUAGUGAUCGUAUCGGAAAGAAAUAUGGUAUAGAAAUAUUUCGUCUUCCAAAACUACACUGUAGCCUCAAUCCUAUUGAAUUAUCAUGGAAUAAUCUGAAGCAAUUUGUUCGUGAUCAAAACACGACGUUUCGUCAGGAUGAUGUAAAACAACUGAUUGAACAGUUUAUGGUGGCGAUGGAUGAUAAACGUGCAACUUCGUAUUUUCAUCAUGUUCGUGGAAUUGAAGAAAUGUUCAAAACAACGGAUGCAAUUAUGGAAGAAAAUAUCGAACCACAUUUACAAUCUGACAGUGAAGAAACAGAUUCAGAUGACGAGUAG